CACAUUUUUCAGAAUGGCUGUCAGAGCAACUUCUUCUUUAGAGGAACUCCUCACUUGUUCAGUGUGUCUUGAGGUUUAUUCCAACCCUAAAACACUUCCUUGUCAUCAUUCUUUCUGUCAGACUUGCCUCGAGAAGCUACCAAAAGAAGAUACUCAUUCCUUCUACUGCCCAACUUGUUGCAGGCACACAGAAUUACCUGAUGGAGGAGUAGCUGCCCUUUCUACUGCCUUCUACCUCUACAAGUGUAAGGAAAUACAUUCUAGCCUGAAGAAAGAGUUUAAGUGUGGCAACUGCCACAAGAACACUGCUGCUAAUUAUUGUAAGAUGUGUACCAGCCCCCUUUGUGUUGCUUGCACUGAAUUACAUAACAAUUUGAGCAAAUUCUCUUCCCAUGAGAUGCUUAAUAUCGUUUUGGUACAGAAUUUACUAUCAGCCGUUGAGCAGUUCAGUGAAGUGAAAGCUGAAGUGAGAGGAGAAGCCCACUUACAACAGUUUAGCCAUGAGGAUCCUGAGCAGCAAUGGAAGAAUAUUGACCAAUUGCUCCGUUUCCUGCAGACUGGAGGAGGAGAAAGUAGCUCUGUUGAUGGUGUUCCUCAAGCAGAUCAUCUAUUGCUGUCUAUUGCGGAGCUGAAUGCUCUUUCUCAAUGUUAUUCAAUGAGUGCUCCUUCCAUUCCUUGUGAUUAUUAUGGAGUUGCUAUUCCUCGUGCUCUCUUCUUUUCUGAAUUUUUUGUACAAGUAACUAAAGUUCACUGCACUGAUGAACGAUUACUCUCAUUCUUUCUCUCUAUUGAAUCCACUACUUGUGGGGAAAAUUUGAUCAUUCCAGUGUCUUCAUUGAAGUGUAGUUUAAUUCCAGUUGUCAAAGGCAAGGAGCAUAAUAAAGAGUAUAAGAUCAAGCUGACUGAUUCUCCUGGAGUGUAUCAAGUUCAUUGUUCUCCAUUGUCUUGUGGUGCUCAUUCUUUAUCAGUUUGUGUUUUUGAUGUACAACUUGAUCUUGAAUCUCUAGUUGUUCCGUUUAAUCCUCAUUUUGAUACCAUUACUCCAUCUCGUGCUAUGUGUGGGCUACAGCACUGUUCUAAUGUUGCUGGAGGCCAAAAUGGCAUUGUUCUAUUCACUCAGUACUGGUGUACAGUGUAUAAAGCUAGUUUCACUGCCAAAUAUUUCUGUCCACCCAAUAAACCUCUUUCUGUUGUGAAAUCUGAUGAUGCCGCUUGCUAUGUUUGCUUAUCAUCCAGUAAUUAUGCCAUUCUUGUAUCAAAGAAAUCAAUUGAAAUUUUACAUUUAAAUGGUUCAUUAUGUAAGAAAAUGUCUGAUCCUAUCAGUUUUAUGAGUAGCCCCAGUUGUGUUGCAGCCUCUUUUGUCACUGGGUUCAUAUACAUUGCUGAUAAGGACAAAGUUCAUAUAUUGUCUUCUGAUCUGAGAUUCAUUCGUUCUUUUCAAUGGAGGUCCAAAACCGUUAAACCUAUGCCAGCUGAUGGUAAUGUUAAUGGUAUUUCUCCUGAAAGUAUUCGUGAGUUUAGUAAUGUCAAUGGUAUGGCAUUAGUAGUCAUUGAUGGUGAAGAUUUUCUCUAUGUCACUGAUGGCUUUGAUAACAGAAUUCAAAAGUUUACUCAUCAUGGCGAAUAUGUCUCUUCUUUUGGCAAGAAGGGAUUUGCUCCUGGGGAGCUGUUUCUUCCUCAUGGUAUUGCUGUUGGUCCUGGUAACCUCCUGUAUGUAGCAGAACUUGGCAAUCAUCGUAUCUCAGUUUUCACUUUUGGAGGUGAUUUUGUUUGUUGUUUUGGAGAGCGUGGCAGUAAUAUUGACCAGUUUGUUUGCCCCAAAGGAAUUGCGUUUGACAGUAAUGGAGUCAUGUAUGUUUGUGAUAGCAACAACGGCAGAUUGGUACUUUAUUGAACUGAACUAUAGUGAACUUGUUAUUAAUAUUCGUUAGUAGUUAUUAGUAGUUAUUGUUGCGUUUAAUCUAUUUACCAAUACAAACAAAUUAAUA